GCUCGGCAAACAUCUGCAGAGCAGCAGCCCGAACAUGCAGCGAUCGUGAGAACGGAUUGCGCAAUUUGGAAAGUAUCCGUAUUGCAUGGAAGAACCUCAGCUACGCGGUAAAAUCUGGAAAACGUAAGUUAACCAUUCUGCUUUCGUUAGUGCUUCUUAGCCUUGCCGGUACGCUUACGGCCAUCAUGGGUCCUUCCGGGGCUGGCAAGACGACGCUGUUAAACCUUCUCACUGGGUUUUACGACAAGAGUUACAAAGGGGAAGUCCAGAUCAAUGGCGUGCGCGACCAGGCGUUGUUCAACAAGCAGAGCUGCUACGUCAUGCAGGAUUAUCGUCUUCUACCUCUGACCGUUUACGAGGCCAUCUCCAUGAGUGUAGAAUUGCGCAUGCCUGCGUUAUCGCAAACAGCCAAAGAGGAAAUGGUGCAACGGUCAAUAGCAGAGUGGGGAUUAGCCGAGUGCCGCAACACACGAACGGAAAACUUGUCGGGCGGCCAACGCAAGCGGUUGGCUAUUGCUCAAGAACUGGUCAAUAACCCUCCUGUGUUGUUCCUCGACGAACCUACCAGUGGCCUGGACAACGUCUCAAGCCUCUGUGCGUCCAAGUCCUUAAAGCUGGCCUCUGGGCACACUGUGAUCUGCUCUAUACACGCUCCUAGCGCUAAGAUAUUCUCCUACUUCGACACGCUGUACAUGGUGUCCGGUGGCCGGUGCAUCUACAACGGCAAGGUUGACGAGCUGCUUCCGUUCCUAGCACAGCGCGGCCUGCCCUGCCCCGAAUAUCACAAUCCCGCCGAUUACAUGUCCGAGCUAGCUUCGGACGAGCACAGCGACCACUGCGACAGACUAAGCACCGAGUUUCGGAUUCCCCUUCCUUGCGCCGAGCAGGACUUCGAUUACAGCCACACCACUAUUUACGGUGGGAAAGUCAUGACGGAGGAG